CUGUGUCGCACCCACUCCUCCUGCAGACUGAGCGCGCACGGCCAGCGGCAUUGCCACCGUGCCGUAGACAGAUGGCGAGCGGCGCCGGGGAGCACUUCCUGAGGCAGCUGAGCUCCAGCAACGGGCUGCAGACGCCGCAGGAGGGCUACAGCAGCGGUGGCGGCGGUGGGAGGAGGAGGGGGUCGAGGCGGUGGUCGAAGAAGAAGGCGGGGAGGGGAGGGUACGUCGGCGGCGGGAAGGCGGAGGCGGCGGGGCGGAAGCGGGUGAUGGUGGUGGUGGACGACAGCUCCGGGGCCAAGCACGCCAUGAUGUGGGCGCUCACGCACGUCGCCAACAGGGGCGACUUCCUCACGCUGCUCCACGUCCUGCCGCACUGCGGAGGGGACGACGACAUGGCGCCAUCCCUCGCAAACUCGCUCGGCACGCUCUGCAAGGCUUGCAGGCCCGAGGUGGAGAUCGAGGCGCUGGUGAUCCAAGGCCCCAAGCUGGCGACCGUCCUCAGCCAGGUGAAGAAGCUGGAGGCCUCCGUGCUGGUGCUCAGCCAAACCAAGCCCUCCACCUUCUGCUGGCUAAGCUGCUUGGUGCGGAGCAGCAGCGAGGAGUUCGUGGAGCAGUGCAUCAGCCAGGCGGAGUGCCUGACGCUGGCGGUGAGGAAGCAGAGCAAGGGCGUCGGCGGCUACCUCGUCAGCACCCGGUGGCAGAAGAACUUCUGGCUGCUGGCUUGAUCAUCCAUCACACAAACACAAGCCUUCUUCCACCACGAUUUUUACAAAGUUUGCUGCUGCCGAAUCUGUUGUAUGUGCGUAGUUUCUGUGUGAUCAUAUUUUACUACCCUCCGUAUAUCUGGCCUUCUGUUUUAACCGAGUAUAAAAGACAAUAAAAAUAUGGCCGUGCACCAUGCUUGCUGCGGCCAUGUUGUGUGUCAGUCAGUGUGCCGUCCCGUUGUAAAAUGUAAAGCCCAAAGGUGUCCUAGAUUUGACCCUCCUCCUACA